UAAAAUGGAGUGAAUUUUACUUCUUUCACUCCACUUACUCUUUUCCUCUGCUGCUGUCAGGUGUGGAACAUUUGAGUCUAAUCAUGAGCAGGAACUACUUGUCCAAAAAUGAUGAGCUCCGCAGAGGAGACUAUCUGGUGUCCAACAACAGGGAGUGGAAGGCUAUCUUCCAGGACGAUGGUAACUUUGUCAUUUAUGGCUGGAAGCCAACGUGGGCUUCAGACACUUCAGGAUCUGAUGUUGUCCGCCUGUGCAUGCAGGCUGACUGCAACCUGGUCAUGUACAACAAGUGCGACAAUCCCAGGUGGCACACAAACUCCGCCAAACCUGAGAGUAACAUGUGCCGUCUUCAUCUGACAGAUGACGGAAACCUGGUGGUGGACAGGGAAUGUGAUGAGAUUUGGACCUCUGCUAACUCCAAAGGCAUGAAAUGAAAUGAGGCUUUCAAAACUGAGUUCUGUUUAAAAUUUGUGAAAGUCAUCUUUGGAUGUCAACUUGAGUUAUCAGUAAACCUCCCUGUAAUGUAAUCUGAGCUCAAAUAAAAGCG